AUGGCGAAAGCGACGUUGCAAUACCCCCACGGGGGAAUCUGGUACUUUGCCUACGGCUCUAACAUACGCCUAUCUGUGCUUGAAAACCGAGGCAUCAAGGCCCUGGAUAUCAAGGCAGUCGUUGUCCCCUCGCACUACCUGACGUUUGACAUCUUCGGCAUCCCGUAUGUUGAGCCUUCGUUUGCCAGCAUUGCCCCUUUUGCACCAGACAAGAGAACCACCCUACGACUGGGCGAUUCACCCUCCCGUGAUGUUCCUCCUGCCCAGGGUCUCGCGUAUCUUCUGAAUCCCAAGGAUUACCGGCAGCUGGUAAUCAGCGAAGGUGGCGGAGUGGCCUACGAUGAGGUCGAGGUUCAUGUCACGAUCCUCGCGGAGGAUGGCAAACCGGACCCAAGGAGUAUUUUGAUCGCUCGAACCUUGCAAGCAAAGUAUCCCUGGAGACCCAACGGUGCGCCCAGUACGCGCUACCUGGGCUUGAUCUCCACGGGAUGCAAACAGAAUAAGCGGCUCACGGCGUACAGCGCCUAUAUCGACUCCUUACCGUCGUACGAGCCUCCGACAUCCUUCCACGCGAAGUUGGGAGGUCUUCUUUUCCUGCUGUUUUGGCGCCCGCCGCGUAAUAUGCUGAUUCGACUGAUCAGGGUGCAUACCGACAGCGACGGACAUUGUCCAGCGUGGCUCGGUUGGAUUAUUCUGACCUUUUACGGGCUGAUGUGGUCAUAUCAUGAUAAUAUCCACUCGAGGAUCUGGGGGCGAGGCGAUGGCCGGAAAUUACAUUUUGAAGAGACUACAGGGGGAAAAACUGCUAAGGUCGGUUAG